AAAACCAAAGACGUGUGUGGGUCUCCACUUCUAAAUUUAGAAAUAAUAAUAAUAAAAGUAAAGAACACCUCUUAUGAAGCCUCUUGCCUUUAAGCAAUACACUUGGCGUUUCAGCAACAAACAACAAAAACCUUGUAAGCCCCAAACUUCUUGAACCUGAUCUCAUCACCCCUCCCUCUUUGUGACAACUUUAAAAACCAUGGUCUAUAACGGUCAUGAAAGCUUGAUGGGCAGUUAGCACAAAAAUGAAGCCUCUUGAUGGACAUUUGGCUAACCCCAAAAAGCUUUCUUUCAUCUACUUUGAAGCUCUACGCAUGAAACCAAAAAUCCCAUUUGGUAGCAGCUUUGUCUCAAUUUCAGUUCCAGUUUUAGGUUUCUCUUCCUUGCAAGGCAUGACUAACUACUCUUCCCUCCCUUUACCUCCACUCUUUUCAUUUCUAUUCUCUAUCUAUAUAACAUUGUUCCUCCCAACAAAAAUUCUAAAACAAACCAAGAAAAGAGACCAAAACAUUAAGGGAAAAGAAGCUUCAAGCGUUUCUGGUCAAUGGAGAUCAAGAUACAAGCUGAGGAAUCCCGGCACUGGCCUGAGGAUGAACAAAAACUUCCCCUCUUGCAAGAUAUGCCAAAGUCCAUAACAGAGGAGGAAAGAACCUUGAUACAGAAAGCCAUUCGCCAGACGUUUCAAAGCACAGCUCAUUUGGCCAAUCUUUUACCAACCGGAACAGUUCUUGCAUUUCAGCUUCUAGCACCCAUAUUUUCAAACCAAGGCAACUGUGACUCAGUCAGCCGGUCCAUGACUGCUGGUCUUGUAGCCCUCUGUGGAGCUUCAUGUUUUCUACUGAGCUUCACUGACAGCUAUAGAGACAAGAAUGGAAAUGUCUGUUAUGGCUUUGCUACAUUCCGAGGCUUAUGGAUCAUCGAUGGGUCAACCACCCUUUCACCCGAAGUUGAUGCAAAUUUCCAACUGCGGUUUAUAGAUUUCCUCCAUGCCUUUAUGUCAAUACUUGUAUUUGCAGCUGUUGCACUAUUUGAUCAGAAUGUAGUGAAUUGCUUCUAUCCAACCCCGUCGGAUAAGGCUCAGGAGAUUCUCACAGCAUUGCCAGUUGGCAUUGGUGUCAUUUGCAGUAUGUUGUUUGUUGUGUUUCCAACCAAGCGCCACGGAAUUGGCUUCCCCCUGUCUGUAAAUUAACAACUCCUCUUUUGUUAAUUAAGAAAUAUUUGCCUGCGUGCUCAUUAAAAUUGUGUACUGCACACAACGUUAUUUAUUCAUUCUUCCAUGUCAGCUUCCUCCAAGCUCUGUCAAUGUCAGUUACAUUACUUCUCUUUGUUUGUAAAUCCUAGUUCCACCUUUAAAGAAAUAGCUUUUAAAAACCUCGAUUCUUGACAGGAUAAUUAUGAAGAUUGUAUCUGGUACUGAUUUAACAAA